AUGUCCUGAUUCCCCAGUGUCUGGCUCGGCCCUCGGCCCGCAGUCGUACUGAACGGACAGGACGCUGUGAAAGAAGCUCUGCAGAAACAUGGCGACAUCUUUUCGUCUCGUCCAGACUUGUUUAUGUGGAGGAAAACAAUACCUACUAGAGGAAAAGGUAUUGUUACGGCUCCCUUCAGCCUCGAGUGGAAGGAGACCCGAAAGGUGGCUCUGACUUGGCUCAACGCCUUCGGGGCAGGGAAGCAGAGUCUGGAGCCGACCAUCGUGCAGGAGGCGCAGGAUCUGGUCCAAGUUUUCAAGGAUAAACAGGGCCAGCCGUUCGACCCAACAGUACCUCUAAGUCUGGCGGCUUCGAACGUGAUCUGUUCCCUUGUGUUUGGCAGGAGGUUCAACCACGAUGACGAGCGUUUCUGUCGCCUAAUGGAGCUUCAAAAUCGAUACCUCCGCUUAAGUGCGACCGCUCAGGCGUUGAACGUUUACCCAAUCCUGCGGCACGUCCCGUCUGUCCGGCGGAAGUUGGAGGAGGUGGUGACGUGCAGCGAGGAGAUCCGCAGCUUCGUCAUCGAAGUCAUUCAGGAGCACAGGGAGACCUUUGACCCGAACAACAUCAGGGACGUCAUCGAUGGUUUCCUGCUGGAGGAGCGCCAAGGGAACAGAGUUUUGUCCGAACUGCCAGAGGACAACAUCAUCAACGUAGUCAAGAACGUAUUCGUCGCAGGAACCGACACCACCGCCACCACGCUCCGCUGGGCUCUUCUGUACCUGGCUAUGAACCAGGAUGUACAGUGUAAGGUGCAAGACGAGAUCGAUGUGGCGCUUGGAAAUCAGACCCCGUCUAUGCUGCUGCGGGACCACCUUCCCUACACGGAGGCGACCAUACGUGAGGCCCAGCGGAUUCGCACCAUCGUUCCUUCUUCCCUCCCUCAUGAGACUACAGCCCCUUCUACCAUAUUCGGACAUCAGAUCCCCGCCGGCACCUUCAUACUGCCCAACCUGUGGUCUCUCCACAUGGACCCGAAGUACUGGCCCGAUCCGGAGAGGUUCGACCCGACCCGAUUCCUGGACGCCGACGGGCACCUGGCACCGAGGACAGAGUCCUUUUUACCGUUUAGUGUAGGUAAGAGCGGUCCUCGAAGGUGCCUCGGAGAACAGCUGGCCAAGUUCGAGUUGUUCCUGUUCUUCACUUCCCUCUUGCAGCGGUUCACUUUCAAGCUGCCAGAGGGCGCUCCAACACCGGACACAGAAGGCAUUUCGGGGAUCGUGUUUUCUCCGAAGCCAUUCGAAAUCUGUGCUUUCCCUCGAGUUUAAGCAGGGCCUCAGUUGUGCUAAAGGUUUCGUGUAUCUGAUACGAAUGAAACGUGAUGUAGAUGGGAUAAUCAUGGUUAUGCAAAACUAUAGGUGGCUUAUGUAUCUACACUAUGAGGGCUACUUGAAUGUUCUUCAUUAUUUAUUUCUUGGAGUAAGCAUCAAUGAGUAGUUUGUCCGAAAGGCCUAGCUUGGCUUAUGUGACAGGAAUUCCCUUUCAGCUUUGCUAAGCGUUACGAUAUAUGGUAACCCACCUUAUAGCUUCGCUUGAAACGUUCGAGUUAGUCAGUACUGCGUGAUCGACCUCCUUAAUUAAUGUAUUAGUACCUGUUGUCCAAACCACCUAACACCAUAUAUACUACUAUACCACAAAGAAACUUGGCAUGAUGUUACAGAACAAGAGCACAGUAAUACCCGCUUUCUGGUAUAGCUUAUUUGUAGUCUGUGUUUGACUGCGUGGUUACAUGCAACAGAGAUCUAUGUAUUUGUGCAUGCAAUUAGGAUAUUAAACGCAAAAUAAA